GGACCGUGGGGGUGACAGGGCAGAUAGAGAGAGAGGGGAGGCUGUCAUCCAGUACAAUGAAUCACGCAGCGUUCACUUCCUCACCGCUGUCACACUUCUCCAUCUGACGCCUUCUGACGGGCGAUGACGGCAGGCUCCAUUCCAGCCCAACACUUAAACUGAGUGAGAGUAACGGAUGUAGCAUCUCAUCCCCCCCCUGCCAAAAAACAAGGCUAUCUCUUAGUCACCUCCAGCUUUCUUCGAAGCAUCUCGACUAUCAAGACUGUUCUUCAUCUUCUGCUCAUCUUCCACUUGCGCACCUCCGAUGUUGAGCCACGAAGUGAAAGAAGCUCGCUGAUAGAAGCUUCAGUCAAGACAGUACCAUGUGUGAUUGGCCAGCAGACCAGUGGCAGUGGCAUCGCCCUGGAUUCGAUGAGAAUUCGUCUCUCCUCCCAGCUCGUUCACUAAGGCUCCUCUGGGAAGAUUUCAUGGGAUUUACUUCAUGCUACUGGAUGGCACGCAGCUUUCAGCCACUCUGAAAGAAGCCCGCAGAGAAAUACAUUACCUACAUGGAAAAGAAGUAAAAUAAUUAUCCAAUCACAGCACAAGGAGGCAGACCGGGUUCCCUUAGCAACAACUGAAGGAGAGAAGAGAAUCUUCUUUUUCUCUUGAGUCUGUUCCCUUGUUUUUUUUUGUUUUGAUUUUUGGGGCACACCCCUUUAGACUGCCGUGGGCCAGCAUCUUUGACAGGACUUGAAGAGCAGCACUUCACAAGUCAACCCAGUUUCUACAUAAAGGUGCUUGUUCCAGCCUCUUACUACGGUCUGGCGUAAACUCAAUGAUUCUUUUAUUCCUCUGCAAAUUUCUCUUACUUGUCACAUUGUGCUGCUUUCUAUUAAUCCGGAAUCCAUGUCACCUGGAAUUAGCACUGCAGUGUGGGAAGAUUGUGGGAGCUGUCCACCUACUUUUGUAUUUCUUUCAUGAACAUGAAGUGAAGGACAUGAUUAAGUCAUCAGCUGCAAAGAAACGGUUGAAAAGCAGAGUUAAUUUCCUCUUCUAAAGCUUUUUCACUUGUAUACCUCUAAAAAGAGUCAUCCAAGAGGAAUACCUGUUUUUCACACAGGAUUUACCUUUUCCUACAAAUCAUUACUAGCCACAUGUGAGGGACUAUAGUUAGUUAAAAGUCCCUUCUGGCCACCAACAAUGUAAAAGAUAAUUAUUUUCAUUAUUGAGCAAUUGCAAGCACUCUAUUUUUAUAUUUAAAUGUAAAAUAGCGUCCUUAAUAAAGGCCAAACGUGAGCCUGUUUUGUAUUUUACCAGGGCAUCAUGUCACUGUGUGUAACAGGUAAAAUAAAUCCUACAUGACAGACAAAAGGGGCCUUUCCCCUCAUUUGACAGAGCCUAUUUUAAAUCAGCUUCUACUGGGGAAGAGUUUUAAACACUGACAGGAGAUGAGUCGGCUGAACAUGAUUAUGUAAGAGCCCCAUAUUACUUUGAGCCCUUGUAUAUUUGCUUCCUUGUUUUCCAUGGAUUUACUGUAUUCCAUUUCCCCCAUGCACUUUUUGACCUCCGUUCUGCGAGCAUCUAUCCAAAGGCAUGGAUGUCCGAGUGUGAGCAGGUGCCGACAGUGCGGGCCAGGCAAGGUGUUUGGGCAGCCCAGGUGCUUUUAAGAUGUUGAGUUCUCCCUGCGUGGCUGGGGCCCUUGUUCGGAUCAGUAGCACUGAGGCUCCCUGUAGCCAAAGACAUGGACCCCGACUCGGCUCCCCCACGCCCUCAGCCUAUCGGCCACUGGCCCCACAUUGCCCUGUAAAGGAUGUCCCUCAGCAGAGCUCCGGCCCGGGACACCUCUGAGACCCCCAGCCCGAGAGAACGCAUCCGCAGCCACAUGAAGAUGGUGAUCGAUCAGCUGGAAGGCAUUCUCAAGGAGCUUAAGGAUGUGGCCAAGGAACUCCGGGAGGUGGUGGGCCAAAUUGACAAACUAACGUCGGACUUUGACUUUGACCUGGAGCCAGAUGACUGGACAGUGGCCACGGCCAGCAGCACCUCCAGCAGUGAGCGUGGUCUGGGCGAGGCCUUCAGGCUGGACUUCCUCAAUGCAGAUGUGCUGUCGGACAGCUGGGAGUUCUGCAGCUACCUGGAGGCAGCAGGAGUGACCUCUCGCCGAGCUGCCAGUCUCAGUGGAGAGCAAACGGGAGACGCACAAUCAGAGCUGUGCCGCGGGACCAUCCCCACACAGACCACACCUCCACCCCCAUCCACUGCCUCAGUCUAUUCCCAGAUGAACGGAGGGCUGCCAAUCCCCAAUGGGCCCCGGAUCAUCACUCCAGACUCAUCCAGCGAGGAGGCCAGCAGCUCCACACACAGCCACAAGACGUCACGCACAUCGGGCACGAGAGAGAGAGUCCGCUUCAGCGACAAGAUCCUGUACCAUGCAUUGUGCUGUGACGAUGACGAUGAGGCAGAGGAGGAAGAGCAGGAGGACUUACAGGAGGACAAGAGCGGCUGUACCACUCCGGACAGCGACAGUGAGCCCAGUGUCCUCACCGUGCCUGUCACCCCCAAACGUUCUUCCUCAGAGCACUCCCUUCUUCAUAACUGUCUAGAACCUUCCUAUGUAUCCCCGGUCAAGGGGCUAACGGGUCCUCACACACUCCCCAGGAAAGGCCUGCAGAAUCCCAGCUGCCGCAAAAAACUCUUACGAAACAGCAGCACACAGACUGUCUCUGACAAGAGCACCCAAACUGUACUGCCCUAUAUUCCAGCCAAACAGAAAGCAAAGGACCACUGA